AUGGCAAAUAAUUCAAACAAUUUCUCUAUACGAUCAGUCCUUGAGAAAGACAAGCUGACAAGAACAAACUUCCUUGACUGGCAAAGGAAUUUGAGGAUUGUCCUCAAACAAGAGCGCAAGCUCUAUGUCAUAGAUAUUCGUCGCCCUACACCUCUCGCCGAAGGAUCAUCCCGUGUUCAGCAUAAUGCUUAUCAGAAGCAUAUCGAUGAUGACACGGAUGUUCAAUGUCUCAUGUUAGCGACCGUGAGUGCUGAACUUCAGAAACUACAUGAGAAUAUGGAUUCUUAUGAUAUGAUUGAGCACCUUAAACGUAUUUUUGAAGGACAGGCUCGUCAGGGGAGGUUUGAUACUUUCAAAUCUUUGAAUGCUUGUAAGCAAGGUGAACGUGAUCCAGUAGGACCGCAUGUUCUGAAGAUGAUAGGGUAUAUUGAUUAUCUUGAAAAAUUGGGUGCCCUGAUUGGUCCGGAGCACCAAAUUGAUCUGAUCUUGCAAUCUCCAAACAACAACUAUUCUCAGUUUGUAAUGAAUUACAAUAUGAAUGAGAUAAUCAAGAACUCCACCGAAUUAUUGGCAAUGUUGAAAACUGCUGAAACCAACAUUCAGAAGGUGUCCCCUACUCCCAUAUUGAUGGUGAUUAAGGGGAAGGACAAAGGAAAAGGUAAGUGGAAAGGCAAGAAGAAGAUGGGAUCUAAUUCUAAUGCCAAUCCGAAACAUGGUUCGACUAAGGCCUUGAAGCCGAAAGGUGGUGUUCAGAGGGAUGGGGAUUGUCACUAUUGCAAGAAACCAGGUCAUUGGAAGAGGAACUGUCAUGCUUAUUUGGAGGAUCUAAAGAAAAAGAAGGAUGAUGCCGCUUCUGAUUCAGGAACUACAGGGAAGUAG